AUGGCAACGCCGAAUCAUUCUGUUUGUCUGGAGUACUGCAGCGGGUCCGUAGCUACACUAUACUGUCCUCAAUGCUCGGCUAUCUACUGCGCCGAUUGUUUUUCCCGCGAACAUGACGGGAACAAGCGCAAAGAAGCACAUCAACCGGUGAACAAAAUCCCCGAACUUUGCAAAAAGCACGGCCACUCUUUGGAGUUUUACGACCUCACUCAACAGACCAUCGUAUGUCUUCUUUGCGUCAAAGAAGAUUUCCCGACAAAUCGUUACGACUUGCUGGGCAACGUCGUCGACACACGUCACAAAAGUCGGCUACGAAAAUGCAUCGACAAAGGCAGGGAGAAGAUCGCUUCCUACCAUGAAGACGUCCUGAAAAGCUUCGAGGAGGAAAAGGAAGCAUUCCUGUCCACAGUUCAGAUUUGUAAGCUUGAAAUCAAGGCUCAUUUUGAUGCCCUAAGAGAAGCUUUGGCAAAACGCGAGCAAGAAUUAACACGCCAUCUUGAUGUGACGAGCAAACUGUUUCUUGUGAAUUCGCCGUAUCACGAAGUGAAGGAUAGAUGUACCAAGCUACAGUCGGCCAUUGAAGAAGGUAAAAUUGUAUUACUGUUGAGUGUUGAAAGUAUUCCUGGCAUGCACAGUAGUCAGUUAAUUAAUGUGUCGUUCACCUCUUCGCAGUCGAAACGUCUAAAAUCGAAAUUCUUUAGUAUAUUUUCCAGGAAGUUGCUCAUUUCAGCGUUAGUUUAUAGUUCAGUAUUUACAUUACUCAAUAGACAUUUGAAAACAAUUAUGUUUCCCUAGUACACGUCUCCAAGUGAACUGUAUGUUCUUGAAAAGAAUUUUCCACGUGAAUCAAUUCCUAUAUAAUAUACAAUGUGGAAUUAUGACAAUGGGGAAGUCGGAAAGACAAAUAAGAUCACCAAAAAUUCAGUCGUAUUUCCUUGGCAUGUAACAAAACUGAUUGGAAGUGUUUUGCCGUGUCGAAGCGGGAUUAUUGUCAAAUUAUUUCAAAAAUAACAUUUACAUCAAUUAGGAGCUGGAACAUAUAACGUUAUCAGUUUUUCUUGACCCUUUGUCUUGCAUAAUUUAUGAUGAAAAGGUAAUAUAUAUUUUAUAUAUAAGCUUUUGUGUAACAUUUAGCUGAAGAUCGAUUGUCAGCUGAAAUUGAAACCAAUCGUGUAUUAAAACGUUGAAGCCCGUUUUCAUUUGUUCCCGCGAAGUGACCUUUUUCUUUGGCUUAGGUUGUACUCUAGAUCUGUGCCACAAAUUGAAAAGAAAUCACGUAAAUAAGAAGACUUCCUUUAAGUGUUUUAAAAAUUAGACCAGAAAUUACUGUGCGUUUAUGCGGCUCUGUUGUCUAGAUGAAAGUUUAAUUGAUAAUUUCUUCUACUGUCUGUCUAGCUGAACAGCUGAUGAACGACGAGCCAGAAAAAGUAGCCCGAGAACAGCCAAGUUACAUGGCUCGUGUGCAAAGCGCAUCGAAAUCUUUAAUAAAAGAACCAGGAGAGCUGAAUCUGCCUACGAUCAGUGUGGAGUUUGACAAUUCUAUGUCGUCUCUGAUCCCAAAACACGGGGAAUUACUGGAGGGAGAAAACGGACUCGGUAAGUUACGAAAACUGAUCACAUUUUAGAGACUUUAUUGCGAGAAAACCAAGCACGAGGCUUGCGAAAACAAAGGAUUUGCUUUUCUAUAUUCACAGAGACCGUGAUACCGUGCUUGGUCUGGGGAAUUGGUACAAGCUACUGAAGCUAGCACUAUAAUAAAUACUAGCAGUUGCAUGCUCAGCUGACCAUACUAUCAUUGUAUCACAAGGUUGAAAGAUAAGAGGUUCUUAAGAGAUAUUUCUUCAGUAUCUCUUCAGGUUUGAAAGAAUUACAAAAUUGCUCUAAAGUUUAAUUGUCGAAAACAGGCGCAACCAUAUGUUGGUGCAACGCGUAAUGUUAGUUUACGUGCAACGCUUGUGGGACGCGUUAGCAUUACGCGACAUUAUAAUCCUACGCGCAUGUUCCUAUCGCACUUCAGGGGAUGGGCGAAAAACAAUAUUUCUAAAUCUUCUCGUGUCACGUGACGUGCUUUGCUUCUUGACUUCCGUUCAUUGACGUAGCUAUGUAUAUGAGCGUGCUAAAAAGUUAAUGAAUUUUUUAACGAUUCCCAGCAACAUUUCGCGCUCGUAUUCAGUUGACUUUUCCGCUUUGCUCGGGGACCGACCUUAAAUACACGAACUGAAUAAUUAACCAUUUCCCAAUCGAGCAGAGGACUAGUUGGUCUAGUUGAUGUUUGGAGAAACGUUUGGAGGGGCAACAAGUUGUAGUGAGCGAGCUAAAUAUAUAUUAAAAGAUGCCUUGUCAUAAUUGUUGCGUUUCAGGCUGCACAAAUAACUUUAGGAACGUAGGAAAACUUCCUAGAUGCCAUAUUCGGCAUAUUGUUUAUUUUUUGUUCCUCCAAACAAGCGACUGGACCCAGUCCUCUGCUCGAUUGGGAAAUGGCUAAUUUAAGCAUGCUCAUGAGCAUAUCAAUAAUAAUAAUAAUAAUAAUAAUAAACAUUUAUAUAGCGCACAAACCAAGACUGUUCUAGGCGCUUUACAGUAAUACAAAAUCCAAUCUUAAAAACUAGUGUUAAGAAUGUUAAAACUAUAGAAUACAUCAUACACUAUUUAAAAACAAGUUAAAAAGAUAUGUUUUAAGAAACUUCUUAAAAAUGGUUAAUGAUUCACACAUCCGAAGAUGAACAGGUAAAUCAUUCCACAAUCUUGGUCCAGCAACACAGAACGAUCUGUCUCCGUAUGUCUUUAGUCUAGAAUAAGGAAUCUGGAGCAAUUCAUUUCCAUUUGAUCGAAGAGUACGCUGCGAAGUACGACACAGCAUAAGUUCCUUCAGAUACGAUGGAGCAAGAUCAUUAACAGCUUUGUAGACAAGAAGUAUAAUCUUGAAUUGAAUACGGUAUUGGACAGGUAACCAAUGCAAUUCGAUAAGAACUGGGGUGAUAUGCGCCGAUAUUACAGGAUUUUAGUACAUAUAUGCCUACAUAGACAUGCGUUUCACAGAAAUAUAUCAAAAUUUUCUGAGGGGGCAUGCCUCCAGACCCAAUUUCAUUGUUAUAAUUAUCUUGCAUUUCAUUAGGCUUGUAGUAGUGAACGUUUAUGGGUAUUUUCUAGACGACUGCUGUUGUUGUUUUUGUUGCUGUUGGCUUCGAGACAAGAUGGGUAUCGAUGGAAAAUAUCAGAAUGCAAAGAAUAAGGAAUACGACGCGACUGCGGAGAAACCUUACUCAGCUCUGUACAAGUUUCUCUACUUCUCGCUUAAAUAG